AUGCAAGAACUGGACCGUGCGACUCUUCCUCCUCCACUCGACGCGACGCGGCGGAGCUGGCUACUCGAGCCACCACAGCCGAAGAAAAAGAAGUACGUUGAUCUCGGUUGUAUACUAGUCAGCCGCAAGAUCUUUCUCUGGACUCUCGGGGCCGUUCUUGUAACCACCCUUCUCGCUGGCUCCAUAACCAUGAUCGUAAGGCACAUGCCACACCACAAACAGACAGAACCUAAACCUGACAACUACACUGUCGCUCUCCGUAAAGCUCUCAUGUUCUUCAACGCUCAGAAAUCUGGGAAGCUACCAGAGCACAAUAACGUGACAUGGAGAGGUGAUUCUUGUAUGAAAGAUGGGAAAGACCAUACAGGAGGAUUCUACAAAGAUUUGGUUGGAGGCUACUACGAUGCUGGAGAUGCAACCAAGUUCAACUUCCCAAUGUCUUACGCUAUGACCAUGUUGAGCUGGAGUGUGAUUGAAUACAGUGCAAAAUACAAAGCUGCAGGGGAGCUAGACCAUGUCAAAGAACUCAUCAAAUGGGGAGCUGACUAUUUUCUCGAGACUUUCAACAGUAGUGCUGAUACAAUCGAUGUGAUGGUGGAACAGGUCGGAUCAGGACAUGAUGACCAUUACUGCUGGAUGCGUCCUGAGGACAUUGAUAAUGAAAGGAUUGUAACUCCGUGCUACGGUUCCUGCUCUCAUCUUGGUGCAGAGAUGGCAGCUGCUUUGGCUUCUGCGUCUAUUGUUUUCAAAGACAACAGAGUUUAUUCACAAAAGCUUGUUCACGGUGCUAAGACGCUUUAUAAGUAUGCAGACUUUGUUAAAGAUAAGAACAGUAAAAAUCAGUCUCGUGAAUUCUACAAGUCAAGCCUGUUUUGGGAUGAACUCUUAUGGGGUGGAGCUUGGUUGUAUUACGCUACUGGAAAUGUAACUUAUCUUGAUCAUGUUACCAGUCACGAUAUGGCUCGGAAAGCUGGUGCUUUCUGGAAUAGCCCUGACUAUGGAGUAUCUAGCUGGGAUAACAAGCUUCCCGGAGCUCAGUUGUUGUUGACGCGAUUGAGGCUGUUUAUGAGCCCUGGAUUUCCAUAUGAAGACAUCUUGAGCACCUUUCACAAUCAAACAGGAGUAGUUAUGUGCUCUUACUUACCCUAUUUCACAAGUUUCAAAAGGACCAAGGGAGGUUUAAUCCAGCUGAACCAUGGAGAACCACAGCCUCUUCAAUAUGCUGCAACCGCAGCUUUCUUGGCGGCGCUAUACAGUGAUUAUCUAGAUGCCGCUGAUACUCCUGGAUGGUACUGUGGUCCUAACUUCUAUUCUACUCAUGUCCUGCGUGACUUUGCCAGAUCUCAGAUUGAUUACAUACUUGGUAAGAACCCUCAGAAUAUGAGUUAUGUUGUGGAUUUUGGACAGCGUUACCCGAGACAUGAGCAAUGGUUGCUGGACCUGACAAGCAUGAUGGGUUCCAUGACCUUCGCUCAAACUACAACUACACAGAGCCAACUCUAG